AUGCAGAAAUGGCACAACGGGACGGCCAAACACGCCACCCUCGACGGGCUGCUCGUGCAGAUGACGGCGACCAGCAAUGUUGACGGCAUCUCCCUAAGCGACGUGCACGCGUUCGCCGCUCAACUAUCUGCAGCCGCCCAGAAGGAACGUCUCUCCACUGCCGAGACCAUCGCCGUGCUUAAGAAGCACAUCGAUACCAUUCGUGAGGGUAACGCCACGCAGGCACUACCUAAUGAACAGGUCGGCGAACAGCGCACGCGCGUUGCGAGUUCCGCUCAGGAUGCUGUGAUGACGGACUCGACGGUCACCCACGGUGCCAACGCCGCAAAAGAGAUUCACGAGCUGAAUUUGCUGAAGGUGGAGCAGCAGCAACGCGUGACUCUGCUCGAGAGGGAGGUGCAAAGCCUGAAGGCAAAAGAGCCCGGCGAGAUCACUGAGCCCAGCGAAGAAAUUGUCAAUUUGUUGUGGGAUCUGAAGUCACAGAACAAAUCGUUGCGCGGUGAGAAAACGGCGUUGGGGAACAGGGUUCGGCACCUGGAGCAAGCAAGACAGCCCACUGCAGACGCGGAAGAGAUGAGCGAGUUGAAAGCCAAAGUCGGAGUGCUCAAAACAGAGGUUCAAAGAGCUAGUGCGAAGUGCAAGACCUUCAACGAGACUACCAACGAACGCAACAAGCUGUUAGAAAAGGUCAUCGAGCUCAGAGCCGACAAGGUGCGCCUCGAAUCGGAGAUUCACCAACUCAAGUCAAAGUCAUGUAACGCCACCGGCAUGACCGCAGCUGUUUCAAAGGAUUUGAGGCUGCCGCCUACGGAUGGGAUGGUUCGUGGUCGCGGGCAGUGGCAUGAGAAGGAGAAUCAGCAGCUUAAAGUGAACACUGCUAGCACAUUCGCUCGGACCAAUGCGGCCCAGGCAACACGUCCUGCUACUGCAUUUGGCCGGUUUGGUGGACUUCCUGUCCCUCUGAAAGCUUCGGCGGAUCAUGCAAUGGAGCCUGCUGUCGCUACCAUCCCACCCAGCGCAUUGAGGGCUCUCCUGGACAACCGUACGCUCGGGUCGAAACCAACGGUGCGCCUCCCCAAGUCGGAACACUCCUUGCGUACAGGCACGGCAUCAGCUGUGGCGCCAAACGACCCUCAGCUUCGCUCGCAAUCAGUUGUGGCGACGAAUGCUGCCUGGGACCAAAGGUUCCAGGCUCUCUUCAGCCGUGCGCCUGCUCCUUCGUCGCCUGCUGCCUUACCUUUUGGGUCUCGGCCUUCAGUCUUCUCAGACCCACGUUCAGACCAAUAUGGUGACGUCUCAGCCCGCAAGAGAGGACCAGUGGAGCACGAGCAGGAGAGCAAUGUGAAGAGGAUGAAAGUGGAAGGUUCAUCGGGCGGUGACCGCGUCUGUGGGCACUGUCGUGAACAGGAUCUCAAGUGCGACGGGAGGUCUCCGUGCAACAAUUGCUUCGGACGUCUCCGCAGUUGCAACUACACGACUGUGUGGGCACACCGCGGGGCGGAGGGUAGUGACUCGUCCUCUAGUCCUCUGCGUGGUCUCGGUGGUGCGGCGGGAUCUGCUUCCCAGGCUCACGACCGCACCACCGGAGCUGCGCAGAAGGGCAGUGGUUCGCAUCUCCCCAAUCCGUUUCUGAGACGGGAUUCAGUCCAUCAGAACAAUUUUGGUGACGCUGUCGACCAGCUCAUCCUGGGCGAGAAGGCAAAGACUCAGCAGCUCACGGCUGAGGAGGCCCGUCGCUUCUGGCCGCCGACAACGUUCAAGUACGACCGCAGUUAG